GAGCCCCUAAAUGAAUUUCUUUAACUCCGAGGUCCAUUCCCCUCCAAAACUGGAAUUGAUAUUUUCGAAAACCCUAAUAAUUUGAGAGCAACACCCUAAUCCCAAUUUCCAAUUCGCCAUUCCAAAUUCCCAAUUCCCACACCAUCCCUUUCUUUUCUCUUCUCUCAGACUCUUUCACCGGCCGAUGCGCUCCUCCGAUUCACCGCUGUGAAGCGCAUCCUUCUUAUAUUGUAGAUCACCCAACCACCAACGCCGCCGCCGUCGCAGCUCGCUGUCGUGGCAGCAGCGUCCAGACCGCCCGGCCAGCAUCCCACAGCGGCUCCUCCAUGCUGUUCGUCGUCGCGGCAGCAACAUCUUCCGGUCACGAUCCGCCUGCUGAUCAGGUAUUUAGCUAAUGGCAAAGACAAAGGCAAGUCGCACAGGAAAAGUUCCUGGUAAAAAAGGUGGUAUUUCACAUUCUCCAGACUCUGAUAAUCAGCAUGUGGAUGGUGAUUGGAUCAUUGUGAAGAAGCAGAUAGUCAAUAUUUUGGUGCCUGCCGCACCUUGUAGCAAAAGAACCUUAAUGGCAAGCCCAGGACCAAAAGACAUGCAUCCUAUGCCCCCCGAAACAGCAAGUAAUCACAUGCAACUACCCAUGGAGACAUCUACCAUGUAUCCUUCAGGCAAUGAACCUGAGAAUACAAGUUUAUUGACCGCCCCAAAGGAGAUUUUGGAUGUGAGAAGUGGUCCUCCUUCCAUACCUAAAGCAACUUCAGUCAAGCAGCCAAGGGUUGUUAACAGAAUCAAUUCACAAAAUCCACAUCAAGUGAGUCUGAUGAAGUCACCUAAGUUACUGGGAUUAUCUAAUACAUCGAAAGCUAUUAAGCAGCCUAGAACAUUGCUUGCACCAAGAAGAUCUUGCAAUUUGGUAAUUUCUUUAAAUCAAGGGCUGAGAGCAUCGAACCUUGAGAGAAAGCUUGAACGAGCUGGUGGGCUGACUCAGUGGCUGACAUCACUUGGACUAGGCCAGUUUGUUAGAAUUUUUCAGGGGAAGAGUCUCAACAAGUAUCAGCUGGUAAAUUUAACCAUGAAGAAGCUCAAGGAUAUGGGUGCCAAUGCGGUGGGCCCUCGCCGGAAGCUCAUACAUGCCAUCGACUGUGUUUGUCAACCAUACUGUUUUGAGGCGUUAUAGAAGUUAGUAGGGAUAUUUUUAAUUUUGGUAAAACAUGGUCGCUGUAAGCCCCUGCUAAUGCCUAGUACCUUAGCCUCAAAGAGGAUGCUUGGGCCAGCCUUGUUAUCUGCAGAGAUUUGUACUUUUGUAAAUAAAUGUAAGCAUAGCCUACUAUUUCACUGCAUCCUGCUUGGGUUUCAGUGUUUCACUCAGAAUCUCAAUCACAAGACUUAGGAUCUACCUAUAUCUCAAUUGUUCCUUGAUGGUCAUAUAUCUAAAAGCUCGAGGAAAACAUUGGUGGAAAAUGGAAAAAGUAGGCUGUGUUGGUGAUAAGAUAAGAUGUGGUAGGACGAGUGAAAAUGGCUAAAGGAUGAGGACAACAAAUGACAAUGCCGAGAUUCUGUGAUUAUUGUUAUUGGAUUAAACGUGUGAUAAUAAUAAUUAUUAAAUCUGUAAAAUAAAAAAAAAAAAUUGUUCUCUUGC